UGGUGCUCAACUGAGACGGGGGCUCAGUGCCCGAAGGGGUGUGUGUAGGGUGGGGGCGGCCGGCUGGGACCAGCUGGUGGCCCUGGAGAACCUCCCACACACCCACACCCACACACCCCUUUUGUGUUGCAGGCUGCCCCUCCAAGAGCAGAGGCAGCGAGAGGACGUGUGUGCACCGGUCCGCACGGGGAAGCAGUAGGGACGGAGCCCGGCACCACCUCCCGGUUCUCCCUCCAGGGAAACCAGGAAAACAAGAACUAGCAAGAGCUUGACAAACGCCUGGCUUUGAAUUGGAGACCAUUCACCUGCCUAUUGCUUCAUUCCUGGAAAUUUCAUUGCACCUAAGUAAGGAAAAAAAAUACCUGAAAGAAAGAAAACAAAGAACAAAAUACCCCAGAAUUCCUAAGGAACAUUUCACCUGAACCUAAAAUGGUGAGCGAGAGUCAUCAUGAGGCCCUGGCAGCCCCGCCAAUCACCACUGCUGCGACUGUUCUGCCACAUAAUGCCACAGAGCCAGCCAGUCCUGGGGAAGGAAAGGAGGAUGGCUUUUCUAAGCUGAAGGAAAAGUUUAUGAAUGAGUUGCAUAAAAUUCCAUUGCCACCGUGGGCCUUAAUUGCCAUAGCCAUAGUCGCAGUCCUUUUAGUCCUGACCUGCUGCUUUUGUAUCUGUAAGAAAUGCUUGUUCAAAAAGAAAAACAAAAAGAAGGGAAAGGAAAAGGGAGGGAAGAAUGCCAUUAACAUGAAAGACGUGAAAGACUUAGGGAAGACCAUGAAAGAUCAGGCCCUGAAGGAUGAUGAUGCUGAAACUGGAUUGACUGAUGGGGAAGAAAAAGAAGAACCCAAAGAAGAGGAGAAAUUGGGAAAACUUCAAUAUUCACUGGAUUAUGAUUUCCAGAAUAACCAGCUGCUGGUAGGAAUCAUCCAGGCUGCCGAGCUGCCCGCCUUAGACAUGGGGGGCACAUCUGAUCCCUAUGUGAAGGUGUUUCUGCUGCCAGAUAAAAAGAAGAAAUUUGAGACAAAAGUCCACCGAAAGACCCUUAAUCCUGUCUUCAACGAGCAAUUUACUUUCAAGGUGCCGUAUUCGGAAUUGGGAGGCAAAACCCUGGUGAUGGCUGUCUAUGAUUUUGAUCGUUUCUCCAAGCAUGACAUCAUUGGGGAAUUUAAAGUCCCCAUGAAUACAGUGGAUUUCGGUCACGUAACUGAGGAGUGGCGUGAUCUGCAAAGUGCAGAGAAGGAAGAGCAGGAGAAAUUGGGUGAUAUCUGCUUCUCCCUUCGCUACGUACCUACUGCCGGCAAACUGACUGUUGUCAUACUUGAGGCAAAGAACCUGAAGAAGAUGGAUGUAGGUGGCUUGUCUGAUCCUUAUGUGAAGAUUCAUCUGAUGCAGAAUGGCAAGAGGCUGAAGAAGAAAAAGACAACGAUUAAAAAGAACACACUUAACCCCUACUACAAUGAGUCAUUCAGCUUUGAAGUACCCUUCGAGCAAAUCCAGAAAGUGCAAGUGGUGGUCACUGUUUUGGACUAUGACAAGAUCGGGAAGAACGAUGCCAUCGGCAAAGUCUUCGUGGGCUACAACAGCACCGGGGCGGAGCUGCGGCACUGGUCAGACAUGCUGGCCAACCCCCGGCGACCCAUCGCCCAGUGGCACACCCUACAGGUAGAGGAGGAAGUGGACGCCAUGCUGGCCGUCAAGAAGUAAAGGGAAGAAGCAGCCUUUCUGCAUUGGCCCACAUAGUGCUCUUUAGCCAGUAUCUGUAAAUACCUCAGUAAUAUGGGUCCUUUCAUUUUUCCAGCCAUGCACUCCUAACACAAUUCAGUGGUACUUCAAAUCCUGUUUUAAUUUGCACAGAUUUAAACGUAGAGAGCCCCUAAGCCCUUCGUCAUACCACUGCCCUCCAAAUCUACUCUUCUUUUAAGCAAUAUGAUGUGUAGAUAGAGCAUGACUGAAAUUAUUUAUUGUAUCACACCGUUGUAUAUACCAGUAUGCUAAAGAUUUAUUUCUAGUUUGUGUAUUUGUAUGUUGUAAGCGUUUCCUAAUCUGUGUAUAUCUAGAUGUUUUUAAUAAGAUGUUCUAUUUUAAACUAUGUAAAUUGACUGAGAUAUAGGAGAGCUGAUAAUAUAUUAUAUGGUAAAUAUAGUAUAGUCUGCAUUCCAGCAAAAAUAUCAACGUGUAAGGCACUAGUACAGUGAAACUGACAUCUUAAAGGACAACUUAAACCUGAGCUUUCUAUUGAAUCAUAUGAGCACCAAGAUACGCUGACACCACCUAUUUGGUGGAUGAAUCCAAUUUUGGAGAAUUUCUUCACAGGCAAAUUAGCAUGAUCUGAGCAGCAUCCAGCCUGACCUCCAGGAAGUAUAGCCACAAACCAGAAUAGCAUCUGUCUGUACAUAUCUACAGAGUUCAAGUCAUGCUUCACUCUUACAUUCGAGGAAGCAACUGAACAGGGGUCAAUGAUUUCACAUUACUGCAUACAGAGUAAUGACAUGAUGGUGUUCCGUGUGUGUGUGUGUGU